AUGAACUCCCCAACCACCUACCCUACACCUCCCAACAACUGUCAAACCCUUCCCCAAGAACUCCUCAACAGCUGCCAAUACCUCCCCAACAACUGCCCAUCACUUUCCCUACACCUCCCAACAACUGUCAAACACCUCCACAACAGCUGCCCAACAAUUCCCCUAAACCUCCCCAACAACUGCCCAUCAUCUUCCCCACACCUCCCAACAACUGCCAAACACCUCCCCAACAACUGCCCAAGAACUCCACAACCUGCCAACACCUCCCCAACAACUGCCCAUCACUUUCCCUACACCUCCCAACAACUGCCCAUCACUUUCCCUACACCUCCCAACAACUGUCAAACACCUCCACAACAGCUGCCCAACAAUUCCCCUAAACCUCCCCAACAACUGCCCAUCAUCUUCCCUACACCUCCCAACAACUGUAAAAACACCUCCCCAAGAACUCCACAACAACUGUCCAACACAUUCCCAAGAACUCCUCUCAAUAACUCCCUAACAAGCCCAAGAACUCCACAACAGCUGCCCAACAAUUCCCCUAAACCUCCCCAACAACUGCCCAUCAUCUUCCCUACACCUCCCAACAAUUCCCAUGAACUCCCCAUCCACCUACCCUACACCUCCCAACAACUGUCAAACCCUUCCCCAAGAACUCCUCAACAGCUGCCAACACCUCCCCAACAACUGCCCAUCACUUUCCCUACACCUCCCAACUACUGUCAAACACCUCCACAACAGCUGCCCAACAAUUCCCCUAAACCUCCACAACAACUGCCCAUCAUCUUCCCUACACCUCCCAACAACUCCCAUGAACUCCCCAUCCACCUACCCUACACCUCCCAACAACUGUCAAACCCUUCCUCAAGAACUCCUCAACAGCUGCCAACACCUCCCCAACAACUGCCCAUCACUUUCCCUACACCUCCCAACAACUGUCAAACACCUCCCCAACAACUGCCCAAGAACUCCACAACAGCUGCCCAACAUCUCCCCAACAACUUCCCAACACCUCCCUAA